CCAGGCUCGUGCCGCCUUGCAGACGCCGCCACCGCCAGACCUCCCGCGUCGCGCAGUCAUGGUGAACCCCACCGUGUUCUUCGACAUCGCUGUCGACGACGAGCCUUUGGGCCGCGUCUCCUUCGAGCUGUUUGCAGACAAAGUUCCAAAGACAGCAGAAAACUUUCGCGCUCUGAGCACUGGGGAGAAAGGAUUCGGUUAUAAAGGUUCUUGUUUUCACAGGAUUAUUCCAGGAUUUAUGUGCCAGGGUGGUGACUUCACACGUCAUAAUGGCACUGGUGGCAAGUCGAUCUAUGGGGAGAAAUUCGAUGAUGAGAAUUUCAUCCUGAAGCAUACAGGUCCUGGAAUCUUGUCAAUGGCAAAUGCUGGACCCAACACAAACGGUUCCCAGUUUUUCAUCUGCACUGCCAAGACUGAGUGGUUGGAUGGCAAGCAUGUGGUCUUUGGCAAGGUGAAGGAGGGCAUGAAUGUUGUCGAAGCGAUGGAGGGCUUUGGGUCUAGGAAUGGCAAGACCAGCAAGAAGAUCACCAUUGCUGACUGUGGACAAAUCUAAUAAAUUUGACUUGUGUUUUAUCUUAACCACCAGACCAUUCCUUCUGUAGCUCAGGAGAGCACCCCUUCGUCCCCAUCUGCUUGAAAAUACCCUAUAAUCUCUGUGCUCUCCCUACAGUUCUUGGGUUCCAUAUUUCCUUAUUCCCUUCCAAGUCUAGCUGGAUUGCAGAGCUAAGUUUAUGAUUAUGAAAUAAACAAUAAACAACAGUUAUUUGUCCUU